UUUUGCGUGGGUUGUUUUGAACAAAAUCUAACACAAACACCAUGGCCAAAGGGAAAAAACGUUCCGUUAAGAAAAAACAACAUUUGCAAAAGAAACAAUUCAAGAAAGAUAAGUUAAAGUCAUCACACAAACGCGGCAGAGUUUUAUUUGGAAGCGCAAGCACCAGCACCAGCACGUGCAAAACAAACGGAGUGACGGCAGCAACAACGCUCAUUAUACUCGGCAAUACAGCAGGGAGCAGCAGCAGCAGCAAGAUGGCGCCGCAGCGCUUUCAAAAGAUUAAGGACAAAUCGGUGAAGAAACCUCUUAAGCGUUUGGCUGCCAAACAACACAAGAAGGAUCGCACUUAUACACAAAAGCUGGCAAAUUCUUUAAAGCGUCGUGCUUUGAACUCCGCUGCCAAUCAUAAUUUUAAGCGCAAGCUUAAUUUCCAAGCAAAUGUUAAGCAAGCAGCUGAACUAGUACAGAGUGCAUUACCCAAGCCAAAGUUUUAUAGAAAUACAAAGGCAACGGAUUGGCCAAAGCUGCGCAAUGACACCAUUGAAGAAGGUGAAAUUAUAGAAGAGAUUGGAAGCAGCGAUGAUGAUGAUGAUUGCUACAUAACAAAAGUGCAUAAGAAUUUAGUGCCAAGAGUAGAGCUUGUGGAUGAUUCCAGCAGUGAUGAGUCAACAUCAUCACCAUCAGCCAAUGGCAGUAACUUUGUCGUGGAUACCAAACGAGAAGCGCUGCUGGCUUGGUCAACAACUAACAAAUGUAAAGUCAACUAUGCGGUAAAGAAUAAUUGCAUUGUACUGGAUGAUAGCCUUGAACCAUUGACGCCUAGAAAGCGAGGCUUUGUAUAUGAACCGGAAACAGCAGCAAUAAGAGCAGCAGAAGCAGCCAAAGCAACCCCACCAACUAAUCUGGAUGAUAGCGUUAUAAUAGUUGAAGAUCAUAAGCAAACCAACGAUUUUAUACCCUUUUCAAAAUCCGAAUCACCAAAGCAGGUGAUUGUGCCGACCACAAGCAAACCACAGGCAGCUGUAAAAAUUGUAAAAACCGCAGCACAGGCAGCUGUAAAAGUUGUAAAAGCUGCAACGCCAAAACGUCUACGUAUGUCAGAGAGUUUGUUUACAAGCACGGAGCGAAAGAAGUUACUAGAUUAUAAUUCCAAUACGUAUAAUCCAGGCGAAGAUGAUAGUAUUCCUACUAACCACAAACGUUUCAUUAUUAUUGAUGGCAGUAAUGUUGCAUUUGGUCAUGGUUGCUCCAAAGUCUUCUCAGCGGAAGGCAUUAAGUAUUCCUUGGAAUACUUUGAAACUCUGGGUCAUAGUGUUAAAGCAGUUAUACCCCAAUUUCGCAAGAAUCCUCACAAGUCCACAAAUCCAGCGCUUUUGGAUCAACUUUAUAAGGAUGGCAAAAUUGUUUUUACGCCGUGCAAAAAUCUGCCCACUCAACAAAGCAUUAGCUAUGAUGAUCGUUUCAUAUUGCAGCUGGCGUAUGAGCGCAAUGCUGCUGUCGUUUCCAAUGAUAAUUAUCGUGAUCUAAUACACGAGAAUCCCGCAUUUAAGAAAAUUGUAGAAAAUCGGGUCAUUGGCUAUUCGUGGUGUGAUAAUAUAUUUAUCCUGCCAAAGGAUCCGUAUGGCAGAUUUGGCCCACAGUUAGCUGAAAUAUUGCGCUGUUAAGUUAAAAUUGAAUUUAAGUUUUUUUCUUUUGAUUUUCGUUAAUUUAGUUAAGUCUUGA